CCCACUUGGUCCUUCCUCACAGUUCGUUCGUUCACUCGCCCUCCGUGUAGCAGUCCUGGACACCGUCGUCCAUUCCUCCCCUCCCCGACAGCGUGAUGCUCUGCGCCUGCAUGUGCACCCCAAGCCCCUCACAACUCGACCCGCCCACAGACACCACAGAAGCCAUGCUCUCAGUCGCCGUCUGCUCAGGCGUCGUCAUGUCGCUGCUGGUGGCUGUGGCUGUGGCUGUGGCUGUGGCGCUUGCAACGGCCCGCUUCUUGCUUCUCGGGGUGGCUUCCCUCAUCUGCUGACUCAGCUCGUCUCCGGCCGUCUGCUGCUGAGCCUCCCUCAGCUCCCUUGGUGUGGGCUGCGGCUUCUCACGUGUCUUCUGCCUCAGCUCUCUUGGGUACUCGAGCGGGAUGCUCAUGACGCUCCGUGUGGUGGUGGUGCCGUUGGAGUCGUUGCUGUCCUGCGUGUUGCUCCGUUGGUCUGUGUGGCGGUGGCAGUCGCUGCUCUCGUCGACGUCGCCCAUCGUGUGGCGGCUCGCACAGGAUGGCGUGGCAGCCGCAGACGCCCCUGACGCUUCCGCCUCUGCCGAGGCCCCCGAUGCGGCCGCCUUGUCUUCGCUCGGACUCGGAACUGACCCGUGAUACAUGGAGGUGCUGCUCUCGUCCCCUUUGCUCAACGGCACCAAAUCGCCCGGGCUAGUCAUUUUCGCGGCGGUCUUGCAAUGGGCCUGUCGCUGCUUGGGGGCGGGUGUUGACUCGAACGCCCGGGGCCACUUCCACUGCCAGGGGCGCUUCGGCACACAGGGGGAGUUGGAGUGGGGCACACUGGUACUAACAUCCACGUGUUGCUGGUGCUGGUUGUGGCUGUGGCUGUGGUUGUGUUCGGGGGGGCUGGUGGCUAGCGUGUUGUCACGUCGUUUGGGCGGCUGGGGCGGCAGGCGGUGGGGCUCGUGCGGGUCGCCGUCACUUUGGCUCUGCUGCUCGGCAACAAAGGUCUCUUGCUGUGGCUGCUGUGGCUGCCGGCGGUUGUGGCUGUGCUGGCUUCCUUCGGGCCUUUCCCUGGUCUGGAGUCUUCUCGGCUCCUCUGUGCGGGAUGUGUCGGGUGACGCUGGCGCGCCAUCCAGCCCCCUCAGUGCUUGCCUGCUCCGGGUGCUGUGCAGCAACACGUUGAGAUUGCCGUCCGCCGUCCGCUGCCGUUGGGGCGUGUUGAAGGCCUCCCCGCCGAUGCCCUUGACGCGACACAGCAGCAGGCGAGCAGACACCACACAGCCGGCCAGCAGCAGGCAGGAGCAGACGGCGAUCACGGCAAACAUCCACCCAGACAGACCGCCGAUCCGCUCUGGCGGGGAGUCUCUGUUGGCCACGGGGGCCUCCUUGGCCCUUGCCGCCUUGGUGCUGCUCUCGGUGCUCGUCUUGUCCUCCCUGGCUUUGUGCCCUUGUCCAGGCUGCUCUUUCUGCGCCACGUUGUCGUCUUCCUCUGCUGGCGGUGGGGUGGUGGCGUCUUCUGCCGUCGCUGUCUCUGUGUCUGGCUGCCUUUGCCCAUCCCCUUCGUCCGGUGUCUGCGACUCUUGGCCCUCCUGCUGUCGCUUCUGCUCCUCUUGGUGGAGAAGCUUUUCAAACGAGUUAGUGAUGCUGGUCUUGGGCACCCGCACCACGGGCGAUGCCGAGCUGUCGACGGCAUAGGCACGAUUGACGGCUGAGUCGGGAUCGGCGAGGGCCUGGGACCAGGCAGCCACCAGCUGCUGCUUGCUCGUGUAGCGGCCGCCAGAUAUCACACUGCACACAUGGGUGGGGUGUGUGGAGGACGGGAGACACCACACAGUGGUUGGAUUCGAUGCAUGUAUUGUCUGGCUUGUGGGUGGGUGGGGUGUGGUUACUCAAACGCGACGACGACGGGGUGUGAGGUGACGUGGUGGAUCUUGAUGUGGUUGGCGGGCACCCCCAGCGACUCGCCGAUGGCCUGCUUCAGACCUGUCGCUGUGUCAAGCAGGUGUGGAUGCUUCUGAAGGCGCAAACACGCACACACCCAAGCACAGAAAAGAAUGCUCCCCCGAGCGGCCCUUUGACGAUGCACCCAUCCACACCUACGCACCAUGUCUUUGUCAGGUAUGCCGACCUCCAGCCCCAGCAGCUCCACCAUCUGCUCCCCCCGGCGCAUGGCGUCGUCCGCCUCGCCAAAGGGCUUCACCGCCACAUCAUCCGCAUGGUACACCCCACCCCCCGCCAGGGCGUGCGCCCCCGCCGCCAGCUGCUCGCUCUCCUCGUUGACGGCGAUGCUCUCGUCCGUCACGCCCGCAUCCGUCAGCAAAGACCAGGGCUCCCCCCCGGUAUCUAGUGACUCCUGCUGCUCCUCCUGCUGCUCCUGCUGCUGCUGCUCGGUGUUGGGUGGUAUGACUGCCUUGUUGUUGGGGGGGUUGUUGUCGCCCUGGGCCUUUCGUCGGGUGAGGUCCACUUCUUCCUUUGGACCUGAACACACGAACACACAAACCCGCACCAAAGACGAUCACGUGUAUGCCCAUUUCGUCGCCUGGCUCUCCUACUCACCUGCAGACAUGGCGGGAGCGACGACAUAGUCAUCACCGUCACCACUCGCAGGCUGGCCCUUUUCCUUGUCAAGGUCCGUCCAUAUGUCCCCAUCGGCCCCCUUGCUCAGCACUUCCUUGUGCAGCGGGAUGCGCCAGAGCUCCCCGAUGCCGCUGACGUACAGGUGGCCGUCGGCGCCCACUUCCACGUUGGUCGGGCGGAAGCUGUCGCCCAUGUGCAGGCGGCCCCACACGGAUGCCCGGCCCUCUGGCGACUCGUCGAUGUGAAUAACGUAGACGCCUCCAGGGCCAGUGGCGAACGCCAGGCCGUUCGGGGCGAUGGCGAGGCCGUCGAUCGUGCCGUGAGAGCUGAUGUAACAGGAAUAUGGAUGUGCGUGUGUGCGUGUGUGCGUGUGUGCGUGUGUGCGUGUGUGGUGGUCUUCCAUACUUGGGAGGCAAGAUGGUGCUGAGUCUGUGUGGGUCGAGCAGCAGCCGGCGGUUUGCGAGGGUGAAGUCGUCUGCGAUGUCGAAGAGGUACCAUGCGGGCGUGGGCAUGCCAUCGGCUUUCCCCUUCCCGCCCUCUGUCGCCUCAGACGAGCUGUCGCUCACGAGCAGCCUCCGCUGGUCCCGCGUCACGGCAAUGCCAUUCGGUCGCGACAGCGAUGCAUCCAGCAGCUCCACAGCCGCACCCUCCGUGUCAUGGCCCUCUCCCCUGGCUCUCUCCAGCUCCUCUUUCGACACCCGAUAGAUGCCGGAGAAUCCUAGGGCAGAGGAGUUGGGCAUCAGGAGGGUGGUGUCGUCCACAAGGUGGCCGCGCUGAAUGAGGCCGUAGGGGGGAUCGGUGAAGUAGAGGUCGCCCCGUUCUGAGAGGGCCAGGUCGUUGGGGCUGUUGAAAGGCCUCCCGUCGUAGCCGGCGGCCACCACACGCAGGCCCUCCUCUUGCAGGCCGAGAGAGGAUAUCAUGGUGGGAUCGAUGCGCACCACCUUGCGGCUGCCGUGCUGGCACACCAACAAGGCGCCACUAUCGUCGCUGUCCAGCACAAUACCGUUCGGCCCGGCCACGACAGGAGCUUUCUUGUCUUCAUCGUCCGCCUGUCCGUCACCAGUCAUCCCGCCACCGUUGAGCAGAAACUUGGUGACGCCUUCAUUCGGCGCCCAGCGAUAGACUUCGUUGCGCAGCAAAUCGGAAAAGAGCAGGGCCUUCUCCUUGGGCAGCCACAGAGGGCUCUCGGCCAGUCCCAGGCCCGUCGCAAUCGGUGCGGGGGUGAGGGAGGGGAAGACGCGAGUGAUGUGGUCCUCGAAGCCAGGAAAGGGCACCACAGCAGCGCCUCGCGCCUGUGCGUCAGGUUGAGAGGGUGGCGCGGCUGCCCGCCUGAGGUGCUGUGCCGAGGCGACAGAGGAGAGGAGGAAGAGCAGGAGAGGGGCGAACUGACCAGAAAGGUGUGACGACGCAGCCAUCGGUCAAGCAGGGAGGCCGCUGUGGCCUCCGUCUCCUGCGUCUGCUUCUCCU